GCAAAGCCACUGUGUUUCCUUUUUCUAUUAUUAUUUUUUUUGUUUGUUUGUUUGUCUUUCUGUCUUUGAAAAAUCUUUUUCACUAUUCAUCAUAUUCUGAAAACAUUCUAUAGAUCUGCAACAUAUUUCCAGUCUGUUUAUUCCAGUGCCACUUCAGCUUUUCUAUCUCUGCAUGGCUUAUUUGUCUCAUCUGGGUGGUUAGAGGUGUCCCUGCUUCAUUGUGAUGCAAUUUAUUAAACACUCAGCAAGCGGAAACGAGAGAGAGAGACAGAGACAGAGAGACAGAGAGAGGAGGGGAAGAACUUCAGGGAAAACAGCCACCCAGCUACCAAACGCUAUUUUUAAGAACUGUCUUGUACGCAGACUGAACUGGAUUUUAAACAUAGCAGUUUGGACCAAAAGCAAAAAUGAUCAAAUGAUGAUUAAUGAUGUUUCUUUUAUGUUUCGCAUGAUGUUUGUUUUGUUCCUGUUGGUGAUCUCUACAAAUCUUCUUAUUAACUACAAUUAUUUGGUGAACUACUGAGUCAUGAGCGUCCCCAUUGCGUUUACUCUUCUCGUGCUGUGUGUGGUCAAAGUCCAGCGUGCUCAGGAAAGUCCUGCAUGUCCUCGGAAAGAGCAGGAUAGAGCAUGUGAAUGUGAGAUAUCAGAACCACAUGCCAAAUGGAGAAGAGCCACAUGAAGAAGAAGGAACUGAGACUGAGAAUGUGGUGUUUUGUUGUGCAAUUUUGCAGUUUAUCUGUACAAAUCAGUCAACCGCUAAAAACGCAAAAUCAGGAAACAGGAGGACAAGCAUGUGGGCUUAUUGUAAUGCCUCUCCAAAUAACGGCUCAUCUCUGUUCCAACUUACAAGCUUAUCAUUAAAAUAAUCCUCUCCUGGAGUGCUGGCCUUAAAAGUGGGGUCAGAGGUCAUCCUGGGCUGCAGGGGCAAUGUAACUGUGGAUAAAGUGCUAUUAGUAAUGGGUACAAAACACAAAGAGAGACUCCAGAGAAGAGGAGAUACAACAAGCUUCCAAAAAGCCAGAGAGAAUCCUAAUACUCUUGAAAAACACCAAACAAACACUGGGAACUUUACCACACCUGGAACAUACAUGAAUACUGCAACUAGAACUGCUGAAGUCAGUGAAUCUAUAACCAGUGCUAACCUAGUUAUGAGUUCAGCAAAAGAGGAAGUGGGAGAUGGGCAAAUUUCCAUUGCUGAUAAUCAGUUCACUAAACCCAACAGUGUGGGCAGAGUUACAGAAGAAGGAGGGGCUUUUAGUAUAACCAUGGAAAUGGGUUUGCGCACUGAGAGGAGCACCAGCACAGAAUAUGAAGAAGAUGAAGACUAUGAUGAGAAUGUGGAUGGAUUGAGAGUGACCAGGUCCAUUAAAAGGCAGGCACGAUGGACAAGGAACGGUCAGCUCGUACGAGUCGGUGUGGAACAUGGCGGGGUUUUGAGACUUCCUGCUCUUCAGUUGACUGACUCAGGGAACUACAGCUGCUAUAGGAGAGGAAAACUAGUUUCAUCGGUUAAAAUCAGUGUUGGCAUCCCUCCUGUGAGCCCAACCUUGUCAUGCUACAAGAAAUCCCACAUGAGCAAAAUCCGGUGUGAGUGGAUAUCAAAACAGCCCAUCAUCCCACAGCCUCAGUGUUACCUGCUCCACAGGAAAGGAUUGGAGAAGAUCUCUCGUGUGAACUGUUCAUACUCUGCUAUGUCCUCCCGCUGCUGGUGUGUAUUACCCAGUGAAGCAGGUGACAGAAAUCCCUAUACAGCUAAACUGUGUGUGACCAACACAGCGGGCAAUGCCACCAGCUCUCUAUACAGCUACAUUCCUCAAAACAUCAUCAAGCCAGAUCCUCCAACUCGAGUUGCAGUAAAUCCAGUCAGGGGUCAGCCUCACACGCUGAAGGUCACCUGGUUUUUACCUAGCACAUGGAGGCAGAGCUAUUUCUACAGCCUUCAAUUCCGUCUGAGAUAUCGCCCAAAAAAAGCCAAAGAGUAUCAGCAAGUGAACAUAGAAGAUGCAAGGCUGUCAUGGUUGAUUUCAGACGCUCUGCCACAUGUUGAAUACGAGGUACAGACUCAAGCAAAAGACGAGUAUGAUGGGCAGUGGAGUGACUGGACCAGUCCAGUGUAUGCACACACAUGGACAGCUUCUACCACAGCUGCCCCUGACAUUAAUACCAGUCUGGAGCCAUUUUGGGCAUUUCCUGAAGGUUCUGGGGAGUCUGAAGAUGAAGAGGAGGUUAGAACUUAUGACGGUGAUGGUGUAAUGUGGAUGUAUGUGCUGUGGGUGGUGGGAUUCUCGAUCCUUAUCACCAUCAUUAGUCUCUCUGUCUACGCUCUCAGACGAAGAAUGCCAUUCAUGCCUAAAAAGAGCAAGCAGAGUGUAUCUUCAGACUGCUCUUGUUCUUCUCCUUCUCCUCUCCUUCAGCAGCCGUUGAUCAGUAUGACAUACAGCUAUCAGGAAAAGGGAGGGGAAGGCAUCCAUUUGCACAAUGUAGACUACUUUUUCCCUCCCUGUGAAUCUUAUAGGUGUUGAGCAAACAAGAUGUGCCAAGGCCAGUGUUCUCUGAAAACACACACACACACACACACACACAAUUUGUCUUACUAUCCUUGGAUGCCUUACCAAAUGUCCAAUGACAUAAUUAUAAAUGCACCUAAACCAAAACCUACUCCUUUAGAUUUUUUUUAAGACUCAGCUGUUACUGAUGCAAAUUCUACUGUUGCCUAAUGUACAUAUGCAGCUGUUUUUGUAGGUUUUGUUCAUUAUCUGUAUAUUUGGAUUUGAUCUGUAUAGCUUAAUAAAGAUUUCCUUAUUUUUGUGACAUAGCGGUAA